ACCAUGAGAGCGACCGUGGCAGCUCUUCUCCUGUGUCUUGUGGUGACAGCAUGCAGGUGUCAGGAGACUCCACCUGGCACUCCUGGACCCACUGAAGGACCACAACCAACUGGCCCACCUGGUCCACCAACCGGAGGUCCUGACCCAACAGGUCAACCUACAGGAGGUCCUGAACCAACUGGACCACCAGGACCACCAACUGGAGGUCCUGAACCAACAGGUCAGCCUACUGGAGGACCUGAACCAACUGGAGGGCCACAACCAACUGGUGAGCCACAGCCUACUGGAGGACCUCAGCCUACUGGAGCACCAGCACCACCUUCUGGGGGACCUAGCAACAUUUUGCUCGGUGUCUUCUGACGAAACAGCACAAGA